GUCAAUAUUAAAAUAGGUGUUUUUAUGUUAUCAACUACGUGACUUGAGCAGCAGGACAUUAAUUUUUUUUUUUUAUUCUCAUGAGGUUUCUCUUUUCUUUCUAUCUUUCUCUUCCCCCCCCCUCAUUGAAUGAUGGAUAAACGAAAACAUCGCAAUUAUCUUGAUUCUCAGCUAUUCUUUUCUUGUACUUCAUGUCAUUGUCAUUUACUAGAUCAAACUUCAAUCAUGUCACGAAAUUUCCAAGGCAGAAAUGGACCGGCCUAUCUUGUGAAUAAAGUGAUAAACAUCACAGUUGGAACGAGAGAAGAACGCAUGUUAUUAACUGGCAUUCAUACAGUGGCAGACAUCAUUUGUACCCAAUGUCAUGUCAAAAUUGGUUGGAAAUACUUACGAGCACUAGAAGAACCACAAAAAUACAAGGAAGGCAAAUACAUUGUAGAAAAAUCUCGAGUUUCAAAAGAGUUUAGUUGGGAUG